GAAAAAUAUAUUGCAAAUUCGUGAACAAAUAUUAUGUAAAUGUCCUAGAAAACAGUCAUUUUUUUAAAAUGCCUACUAAAAAACAAAACUACAUGAUGACAACCAUAGAAACUAUUGCUAAUUGAUCAAAUAGUCAAAAAGCAACGACCUUUACCACAUUGGGUUCCCAUUUACUUUAAUCUCUUCCAAGUUUCCAUUUUGUCAGAGGAAAUGCUACAUAGGCAGUGAUGCAAGUGUUGUGGCUCGACCCAAAAUGGCUAAUCCACUAGAAAUGUUGGAAGCCUCAUGCACUAGAUUAGUACGUCGAAUGGUUAGCCUCCCACGAGCCAUAAUGGAUCAAGGACUAGACCUCAUGAGAAACCACCACCAAUUCCCACCACCAAAUGUUCCUGUCUACAACCACCAACCUCCACUAGAUCACUCCAUUUCUAAUCAUCUUCAACCAGAUCUGAGUUUUCUAUCAUGUUUUGAGCAACACUUUGGCAUCAUCCAUCCGUUCUUCUAUGCAUGUAGGUUCGUGGAGGCGUUAAAGAUGGCUCAAGAUGAACACAAGUUUGUGUUCUUGUACUUGCAUUUGCCUAAUCACCCAUUUACACCACAUUUUUGUAAGGAAACUUUGUGUUCUGAAGUAGUGGUGCAGUUUCUUGAUGCAAAUUUCGUGUCAUGGGGUGGUAUUGCUGAUCAAGGUGAGGGUUUGCAUAUGGCUACAACACUUCAGCCAGCUAGCUAUCCGUUUUGUGCGAUUGUCGCCCCUGGUUCAAACCACAACUUAGACGUGGUUCAACAGAUGGAAGGGCCGGUGACCCCAGAAGAACUAGUAGAAAUACUACAAACGAUACUCGAGGAGCAACAAUCAGCGUUCAGUAAUAGAAGGGCACAAGCUGAAGAAAAAAGAAAAGCCGAUAUUCGAUUGAUACAAGAACAAGAUGCCGCUUUUGCUGCCUCUCUCCAAGCGGAUCAGGAAAAGAUGUCAAAACUAGAAAAUAAAGCUCAACACGAAGAAAAUGCAACUGCCAUUGGUCAACAUUCUCAGAUUUUAAUACGGUUUCCAAAUGGAGAAAGGAAGGAGAAAACAUUCUCGAGUUUAGACAAAAUGGAAGCCAUUUUCAAAUUCAUCGAUUCACUAGGCAUACCGGGAAUUGGUGAAAACUACAGACUCGUAUCAAGUUUUCCUAGAAAGGUUUACGGUGUUGAUAAGGGAAGUAUGACCCUUAAAGAUGUCGGGUUUCAUUCAGAAGCAACUUUAUUUAUUGAACUUGUUUGAUUAUGUUUCGUAUUGCAGUAUAUUUAAGAUUAUUCCUAGACCAUUUUUUUAUUGUGAAGCAUUCAGUUGUAUUAUUCAUGUACAUCUAUCAUUUCUUGGAAAAACCAAACCACUGUCGAAGCUAUCAUUUUAAAAUAAAUGGACUUAGGUCAUCCAUUUCUGUGCAA